AUGUCCGGGCCAAAAGCGUAUCUCAACGCUUCUUCUAUUUGCACUGUAACGCUUAACAACCUCAUGCAAAGCUGGUUCAUCCCAGCCCUUGUGGCACUCGCCAUUUCAGGGCGUCUGCUCCUCUCUGUUGUUCUCACCUGGCGCCAUGCCCAGAGAGCUCGCAGGAUAGGUUGCAGAGAGCCCCCUCUCUACCCUAGCAAAGACCCGUUCGGUAUCUCCACCCUUCUCGAGAUACUUGACGCAGCGAGAGAGAAGUUGCUACCACAACUAGCAGAGAGACGUGUGAACUUUCUAUCCCGUCAGCAUGAUAGAUACGUUUCUACCUUUCGUAUGUACCAGGUUGGCCGGGAAAACCUGUUCACGGCAGAUCCCAAGAAUAUCCAGGCUAUGCUGGCGACUCAGUUCAAGGAUUUCGGUCUGGGGGAUGUGCGUCGUAACGUAGCUCAUCCCGUUGUUGGUAAUGGAAUUUUUACUACUGAUGGCGAGAGUUGGUCGCAUUCUCGAUCACUGCUACGGCCCCAGUUUACGCGAGAUCAAAUGAGCAAUCUUGACAGGGAAGAACGCCAUGUUCACAAUGCGUUGCAUGCCAUUCCGAUGCUACCUGAUGGCUGGUCCUCCGCGGUGGAUAUCCAAGCCAUCUUCUUUCGUCUUACACUUGACUCGGCCACAGAGUUCCUCUUUGGUGAAAGCUCUGAUAGCCAGAUUGCUGCUACGCAAAAAGAACCGGGACAGGCCUCUAAUGAUACCUUUCUCUAUGGAUUUGACCAGUGCAUGUGGUAUCUCGCGGAGCGACUCCGGUUCGAGCGGCUCUACUGGGUCAUCUACAAUCGGGAGUUUCAGAAGUGUAUCAACAUUGUGCACGCCUUCGUGGACAAGUUUGUUCAUUCUGCUCUGAUACAGGCGCAACAGCAGGAAGAGGAAGCUCAAGACAUCGAAAAAGUUCCAUCGCGGUAUAUCUUCCUGAAAGCUCUGACUGGUACUACAAAAGACCCAGUCAUACUGCGCGAUGAAUCUCUAAACGUCCUCCUAGCAGGCCGUGACACAACGGCUUCUCUACUGAGCUGGGCAAUCCUUCUUCUUGCACGACACCAGCACAUCUUUGCAAGAGUUCGAAGCGAUAUCCUCGAGCAAUUCGGUACUUACGAUCAGCCACAAAACAUGGACUUUGCGUCUUUGCAAUCAUGUCAGUACCUCCAGCAUUUUCUCAAAGAAACCCUUCGUCUCUACCCAAUCGUACCUUUCAACCGCCGUUGCGCAACAAAGGAUACUACGCUCCCUUGUGGUGGCGGGAAAGACGGUACCUCCCCGAUCUAUAUCCGCAAAGGUCGUACGGUCAUGUACAGCACGUACGUCCUACAUCGCCGAAAGGAUAUCUGGGGUGAGGAUGCUGAAAUCUUCAAUCCGGACCGGUGGAUCGGCCGGAGGGUCACCUGGGAGUAUAUUCCGUUCAAUAGGGGGCCGAGAACAUGCAUUGGCCAGCAGUUUGCUUUAAUGAGGGCUAGUUAUGUUCUAGUGAGAUUACUGCAGAGGUUUGAUAGAAUCGAGGAUGUGCACUCUGAGAGGGAUAUUCGUUAUGGUGUUUCGCUUACUUCUUGUCCGGCCGAUCCGGUGACUGUGAGAUUGCAUCAGGCGGAAUUGGAUGUUUGA